CUACACACUGCUACACACCUUUGACAACCAAAUUCAUCUAGAUUGUUUGUAUACAAGAAAUAUGAAUCACCAAAUUUCAGUUACGUAGUAUACUAUAUAACCUGAAAAAUCACACUGACAUGUGAAUUUCACAUGGGAUAUCUCUGAAAGUUAAGCCUAUUCAUCUCUGCAGAUAUUUAUCAUCAUGAUAUUCCUAUAAGGAAUAUAAUUUCAUAUUAUCAACAUAACCUCAAGAAAUUGACAAUUACUCGACGUUCACGAUCACCAGUAUAUUAGAAUUCAGUAAAAAUGGGUGACAUUUUCGAAGGCUAUGAAGAAUUAAGCAUCGCAAAGCUGGCAGGUUACGUUGCUUCUGGAGCAAUGAUAUUUGGCGGUGUUGUGCCGUACAUUCCUCAAUAUCGAGAGAUUAAACGUAAAGAAGAUUCCGAAGGGUUUUCACUCUAUGUAUGUCUAGCGCUGCUUAUUGCCAAUACUUUACGCAUCUUAUUCUGGUUUGGAAAGCAUUUCGAAACUCCUCUUUUACUUCAAAGCAUACUGAUGAAUAUAACCAUGUUAGUCAUGAUAAAACUAUGCAUUAGUGUAAAAAACAAAAAUCAGAUCAUCAAAGCGAAGGAGCGAGUCUUCACAGAUUUGGACAUUAAAUUCUUUUGGCAAUGGACAGACUUUCAAUCCUACCUGGAUUUCAUAUUGCUAUUUGGAGCAGUGGGUGCGGUAAUCAUGUAUCUUUUUGUGGAUGUGUUAAUAUUUGUUGAGAUGGUUGGACUGCUAGCAGUUCUAACAGAAGCAAUGCUUGGUGUUCCUCAAUUACUUCACAACUUCCGUAAUCAGUCAACGGACGGAAUGAGUAUUACAAUGGUGGCCAUGUGGACCAUGGGCGAUACGUUCAAAACAUGCUACUUUAUUGCACGCGAAGCUCCAGUGCAAUUUGGAAUAUGUGGAGCUCUUCAAGUGAUAGUAAAGGAAUUUGACUACAAUAACGAUGGGCUAAACGAUGCUUUGAAAUUCGAAUUGCGUUUUUUUGCGAAAAUCCCGAUAAACUCCAUCAGGCUUUUACUGUUCUUCAACUACGAGUUGAGGGAGAGAAAUAAACUGACAAUGGAAGCAAUGGCUGCUCUUCAAUACACAAUACCUACAAAUGUUCAUAAAAUCUCGAUUGUUGGUGACUUGCGAUUGGAUCAGAAAAUUCUAUUGCACAAUCAGGGCAUCCAUGAUAUUUACAAUUAUUCUACAGAUAUAAAUGAUCGUACACUGUUCGAAUUGCUCACAGAAAGUGCAAGUAGGAACUUCGCGAUUAAAAUUGAAAAUGACAAACUGAUGUGGGAGAGAGGAUUUUCCGUCGAAGAAGAAACUGUAGUACAAACGGAAAUAUUUUAUUCCAAGGAAAUGAUUCACUAUCGACCUGGACUAUGGGAAGAAUUGAAGUGGGCAUGGAUACAAUACUUCGCAAUUUUCUUCCUCUUUGCUUACGUAGGAAAAUAUAUAACUAAGAUUAUAUUCGUGAAAGGGUACGUUCGUAGUUAUGUUAUUCCACCAUGGAAAAUGAAGUGAAUGUGAGAUUAAUAAACGUAACAACAUGUACGUGAAAUUAUAUAUACCUGUAUAAAUCAAUGAUUGCGAAUGUUAUAAAUAUUUACGACCUACUGUUGCGUAGAAAAAUGUUGUGUAAACAUCGGUAAUCGCGUACUAUACACUAUACCUUAAUUACGAGACAUGGCAUGGAUCAUGUAAGAGACGGUUUCGCAAUUAUUUGUUCCACGGUAUUCUAGUUAUCGUUUUGGAAAUGGAAGCCUUCUUUCCAACUAG